AAGCCUUGGACACUUGAAUGCCUCAACACAUAAUACAAGAAUAUCCAGAGUUAGUACCAGGAUCAGAGAUGCAAGGAAUGAAUCCAGAAGUGUUGAACCCAGAGUCCCAAAGUAUAAACUUUGUUCAUCUGAAUCUAGGACCGUAUUCAGAACUUACGAACUAUAAGAAAUUGACCCCAGAACCUCAAUUUCAAGGUGUGAAAUCUGUGCCGCUGACCCCAGAACCGCAGCCCCAAAGUACAAAACCUGAGGAGUUAACUCUAGGUCCGUUAAUGCAUGGCAAUAAAGUUGUGGAUUUACUGUACCACUGGAAGUAUCUAAGAGGUCGAUUCUCUCCGUCAUGGCCUCAAGUUAAGGACUCGGGGGAAUCCUAUACAAGUCCAGUGCAGGAAGUUACAGGAUCUGAAGAGAUGACACCAGAGCCCAAGCAUCACACUCCAGAAACUAUGGGGUUGACCCCCAAAGCAAGGCCAACAGAGAAGGAAUUCCUUGGCAUGACCCCAAAGCCAAUAAGUAAAACCACUGGAUAUAUAGAGAGCGCUCCAAGGCCCUAUCCUCAAGCACUAGAAUUUGCAGAGAUGAUCUCCGAGAAAAGACUGCAAAGGGAAGAAUCAGAAGCACUGACUGCAGAGUCAUUACAUCAUGUCCCAGAAUCUUCAGAGAUGACACCAAGGCUAAGAUAUCCAGCUCCUGAAUCUGUGGGCUCAAACUCUAAGCAGUGCCUUCAUAGGGAGAAAUCUUUAGAUUUGUCCCCAAGGCAAACAGGUCAAGCUACAGGACAUGCAGAAUCUGUAGAGCUCACAUCUGGGACAUGGCAGCAAGGGGAUGGACCAAUGGGGCUGACACAGUCACAGAAUCAAAGUAUGAAAUAUUCAUAG